GGGGUUUGAAAUCUCCUAUCAAUCGCAUACUUCUAAUACUCUCCAUACUAGAUCCACCUUCUCUUUUCAACCAACGUAUUGGUUUGACAAGAAUCCCAGUAUGGAACACAACCCCACCCAAACCCCUAUUGGGAAGAAGAGUCACCGUUACACUGGGAUCCACAUGCUCUAUCUUGUAGGAAUGGAUGUGCACUGGGCUGUAAGGCACGUAAAUCAUGCUCUGGCGGUGAGGUUUUACUUUCUCUCUCCCCACCUCUCUCUUUCACUGUUUUGGCUGUGUUUGAGUCGUGCAGCGUAGGGCAGGACAGGGUUAUGCAUUACCUACGAAGGGGUGGAGGAGGUCGAAGCAAGGGUGGUGGGGACGUUGAUUAUCGGGGAUUUUUCUGCGUGGGAGGGAUAGGAGAUUUUGAUGCUAACGGUUAAUGGGAUGAGUCAAUUGAAUAGAAAGGGAUUGUAUUGGUUUCAUCUUGG